AUGGCACCUGUGGAUUUGCCGACCAAACAUCCGAAGGGUUAUCCUCCACUUCACUCACACCCCGAUUUAAUCCUCCUACCCCCAGAUGGUGAAGUUAAUGAAAAGCGAUAUACAACUACACUGAGUUGCUACAAUGGCCAACUUCGUUGUAAACAAAUUGUCUGUGAGAUCGGGGCUCUAUCUUAUCGAGCUGGUCCGAUAACGCUUGAACUCACGGCUCGACUUUGGGAUAAUACAAUGCGUCAGGAUUUCAAAAAUGUUUUCUUGACGAAUAUACAAAUGACUGUCACCUGGAGAGCGAUCGUGACGUACGCUAUUGACAUCCAUGACCGAGAAUAUGCUGCGGAGGAGUUCGAUCUCAAGAUAUUCAAUAACCUUGAGCCAGCACCUGUUUAUCCAAAGAACCUGCCCCUCUACAUUGGACUGGCUGCAUUUGCCGGCCUUCUUUUGUUAGCCAUUCUGAUUAUCAUCCUGUGGAAGGCCAAAUUCUUCGAACGCAAGAAGUUUAAACGCCGUUUUGCUAGGAAGCGCCCAACAGCUGAGGGUGUUGACAGUGACGGUGAUCAGAGCACUCGACCUUUACAAGGCAGUCCUGAGCAUCAACUACCCUCGUAUGCCGUUUUCGGUGCAGAAGAGCAACUGCCGACCUCGAUGCAAUCCUCUGUGUCCAGGGAUGAGGCCCGUCGAUCGCUGCAUUCCCCACCGCUGUCUGCUUUCGGGCCCGUAGCCUGA